AGGGUUUGGUGCGUUGGAGAUGGUAAGGAGGAGAGGGUGAACCGUGUAUCAUUUUUCUUCCAAGAAAAUAAAAAAUGUCAGUAGUGGGGUUAUCGUUUCUUUGAAGGCUGAACUGGAAUCUAAAAAUUCAGGUAAAGGUUGCUAUAGUUAAAGAGACAGUACUGUAUUGUCUCCAUAUCAAUCGUCAUCGUCAUCGUCAUCGUCAUCGUCAUCGACGCUUCAAUUCAGCUCAAGCUUGUUACAGAUAGAGAACAAAAAUGUCAGCUUCUCUCCCAACUCCUUUUGGCGUCACAACUCCGGCGCACAAUGAAUCUUUCAAUUCGAAUUUAUGGUGCACCGCCACCACUCGGCCGCCGUCGAUCUCCAAAUUCGUAGAACCGGUGGCUGUGGCGGUGGCCUCCUCAGCUUCAUGUCGAUUUUUAAGGGUUUGUUGUAAACGAGUAGUGAAGGCGGGUGCGAUCGAAAGCCCAGGAUCAAGCGGAAUUGAGGAAUUGACGUGUGUGAUGAAAUUUGGAGGAUCCUCUGUGGCGUCGGCUGAGAGGAUGAGAGAGGUUGCCGAUCUCAUUCUUAGCUUCCCUCAAGAGAGGCCUGUCAUUGUUCUCUCUGCUAUGGGGAAAACUACUACCAAUCUUCUACUUGCUGGAGAAAAGGCAGUGAGUUGUGGUAAUUCGCGAGUGUCAAAAAUUGAUGAGUUGAGAUUUAUUAAGGAACUGCAUCUAAGGACAGUAGAAGAGCUUGGAGUUGAUGUUUCUGUUAUUUCUGCACACUUGGAAGAACUGGAGCAACUAUUGAAGGGAAUAGCUAGGAUAAAAGAAUUGACUCUCCGCACAAGAGAUUAUUUAGUUUCAUUUGGGGAAUGCCUGUCCACUAGAGUUUUUGAUGCGUAUAUGAAUAAAAUUGGUGCUAAAGCACGUCAAUAUGAUGCAUUUGACAUUGGUUUUAUAACUACGGAUGACUUCACGAAUGCGGACAUCCUGGAAGCUACUUACCCAGCCGUUGCAAAGAGAUUACAUAGUGAUUGGAUUAGCGAUCCUGCAAUUCCCAUUGUCACUGGCUUCCUUGGAAAGGGUUCAAAAUCUUGUGCAGUAACUACCUUAGGUAGGGGUGGAAGUGAUUUGACAGCAACAACCAUUGGUAAAGCCCUUGGCUUACGCGAGAUUCAGGUGUGGAAGGAUGUUGAUGGUGUAUUGACUUGUGAUCCUAGCAUUCAUCCACGUGCUGAACCUGUACCAUAUUUGACAUUUGAAGAAGCAGCUGAGCUUGCAUACUUUGGUGCUCAGGUCCUGCAUCCACAGUCCAUGAGACCAGCUAGAGAGGGUGAUAUCCCUGUCAGGGUCAAGAAUUCUUACAAUCCUAAAGCUUCUGGUACCCUCAUCACUAAAAGUAGAGAUAUGAAAAAGGCUGUACUAACCAGCAUAGUUUUGAAGAGGAAUGUCACCAUGUUGGAUAUAGUUAGUAUUCGCAUGCUUGGUCAAUUUGGCUUCCUUGCAAAGGUGUUUUCAAUAUUUGAAGAUUUGGGCAUUUCCGUGGAUGUUGUUGCUACCAGUGAAGUCAGUAUAUCUCUGACCCUGGAUCCAUCAAAACUUUGGAGCAGAGAACUAAUUCAGCAGGAACUGGACAAUGUAGUGGAAGAGCUAGAAAAAAUUGCAGUUGUAAAUCUCCUCCAACACAGAUCAAUCAUCUCCCUCAUUGGAAAUGUACAGCGUUCUUCAUUGAUACUAGAGAAGGUCUUUAAUGUUCUCCGAACUAAUGAAGUUAACGUCCAGAUGAUUUCACAAGGAGCAUCCAAGGUGAACAUCUCAUUGAUAGUAAAUGAUAGUGAGGCAGAAAGAUGUGUGAAGGCCCUUCACUACUCCUUUUUUGAGAGUGGUGAUUUGUCAGAAAUAGAUCUGGAUGGUGGAUUUGAGAAUGACACGGUUUCGGCAUUGCAAGCGGAAAGCUGAUGACUGUAGUGACUUUAUAUGUUACUCACAUGAUUGUAUCUGUUAGCAUUCUGUUUUGUUUAGCUCAGCGUGAAUUUCUAUUCCUCAAGCAUUUAUUAUUGUAUCUUGCUGAAAUGCUUUGUAAUUUAUAAAUAUAUUACAUCUCUUUUAGAUUUCAUGUUAAUUAAUAUACAAGUAUUGUUAAAGUUUAAUUUACUCA